GAAUAAAGGCAACAGAACAAAACCUCUUUCUUUCUUAUCUUCUUCUUCAUUGAAGCUCAAACUCAUAUAUACUGCUUUCCUUUCCGCUGAUAAUGGCGUCAAUGGCGCUCGCCGUUACAUCGAUUCCGAUCACUCCUUCAAACUCUCUUUCAUUCUCCCGCUCACCAUCCGUAACCGCCGUCCCUCUUUCUCUCUCACCUUCUUCAAUUUCCCUCUCUUCCUCUGAUUCCACCCCAAUCUCACCCCUCAUUUAUUGUGGAAGAGGUGAUAAGAAGACUGCUAAAGGAAAGCGAUUCAAUCACUCCUUUGGAAAUGCGAGGCCAAGGAACAAGAAGAAGGGGAGAGGACCACCGAGAGUGCCGGUCCCACCUGCACCGCCUCGAAAGGAUAAAUACGAUGACGGUGAAGUUGUCAAGAUUGAGAUAGAUGAGUCUCUUUUUUCAAACUCAUGAGCAUCUUACUAGUUGUAUGAGUUGGUUAGAUUUCAAAUGUUGUAUGUUUUGAUUUAUUCCAUGUUUGGAGAUAAUGCCUAAUAUCAUGUUUUGCUACUUGAACACAGAAUUUGUGUAUUUUGAAUCCCAUCCACAAUAUCCCAAGUGUGUUCCUCUUUUUA